AUGGUCCUCACCACGUCGCCAGAUGUCGGGGAACCGCUCAUCAGCCUCGCCGUGUACUGCCCGCUGCUCUGCGCUGACAAGGAGGAGCGCGGGGCGGACAACAUUCUCUUCUACUUCCCACCCGACACGCACCUCAACUCGCAGAUGAACCAGGUGGGCUUCUGCAUCGCCAUCAGCUCCCUCGCACCUCGCUUUGGGGUACAUUCCAGCCGGCUUCAGACGAUCCGAAAGCAGCGCAGCAGCGUCUGCCUACUGAGCCCAGCGGAGGACCUGUGGGUGAGUGCACAUGUACGUGGCGGCAACGAAGCCGCACUCACCACGCACCACCUACUACAGCUCAGCUGUGCCUUGUUUGAACUGCUUUACAGUGCGGACACAAUGGGGCUUCUCACCUUACCCACCAUCGAAAAUAGCAGAACGAAAGGCUCACCAACGCUCUCCGGCAGCUCAACCUCCUCGAACCCAGCGGCAGAGCAGGCGGCCACCUCUGACACUGCGGCACGCGCGGCGUUGCGGUCCUUCUUCACCAGAUGCGCCACCUUCAUCUCGAGCGUUUUGUCAGCACAGUGUAAGGCGCGCACUGGUGAGACAGAACCGACUAGUCGGUCAGCCGCCGCCAUGUCAGCACAGGACUGGGCUCACUACCUCUCCGCCGAAGCGUCUUUUGGACUCCCGCUGCGCUUCGUGAGCAACCGCGAGCUGUCUUCACUGCAGCUGGGACGCGUCGAGGAAGUGGUGCGGCACAUUUUGUGGCAACGUGCGGGUUGCUAUGCAGCCGCGCCCGAUGGUGACACACCGUCGUUUCUGAGCCGUGACCAUGUACGCUACUGUAUUUUUAAUUUGCCCCAGCUGCACGUAGUCGUGGCAGACAGUCAGCUGCCUCGUGUUGUGGUGCAGGUCUUGAGGUACUACCUAGUCCUGCAUGCACCGAUCGUUUGUACUUCGUUUCAGUGCUAUGUGCAGCCGGACGGGCUGUGCAACGUGGCUGUCUGGUUGGAUGGAAACGUAGUCGUUGUACUAGUCGAAAGUCAUGACGACCAGUCUGCUAACGUGGGCGGGCGAGCAGUGUCCUCGGCUCUGCUGGAGCACGCCAGCAUCAUUGGCGCCAAAGUGCGCCAACUGCUUAGCAAAUCAGCGGCUGGGGCCACCACAGUGGAGGCGAAAGACGCCUACUGGCUCUCCACACACAGUGUGACAGCACAUCAGAUGUACUACAAGUUGACUGUAAAACCGUCAAUUGCGGCAUCGAGCGGCCUCGUUGCACACUGGCGCUUUAGGGGUGCUGUGGUAGAGGGGACACCUCUCCGCCACGUGGUGCCCGGCCUCAUCGAGUACGUGCAAACACUAGUGUACUGGACAAAGUUGCACCUACCCUCCUCCACCUUGACCAGCGUGCUGGAAUGUUGGACGCGCUGGAACUCGCUCUGGUUGUACCUGCGCUUUGCCAACUCCACAGUAACUGUCCUUGCUUGGCAGCAGCAGCAGCAGUCCUCGGUGAGUGUUCGCCAGCUUGCUUACGAGGUGCAACGUCUCCUCCUAUUAGCGCCGUAG